GCGGGGCAAGACGCGGGGGCCUCUAACAUUCAGUGUCGUUCUACUUCUUGCCCUGUGCACAUCCAUAACCAAAGUCAUUCAAUGAAGGCUGACUGUUUAAGCGUGCCUUCUCCAGUCGUUUGUUCCUUAAGGAGGGCCCUGUGUUGGAACUUCCUGUUCCAAGAUGCAGUGGUGCAGGUGGGCCGGCCGUUGGAUAUCGAGUGUAAGCACACAGUCCACAGAGCCGGACCAUGAGGACAGCUUUGACUUUCUGUUUAAAAUCAUCCUGGUGGGGGACUCCGACGUGGGCAAGACUUGCGUGGUUCAAAGUUUCAAGUCUGGAAUAUUUGCAGAGAACCAGCAAAAUACCAUUGGUGUGGACUUCACUGUUCGUACUCUAGAUAUCGAUGGCAAAAGGAUUAAGAUGCAGGUUUGGGACACGGCCGGACAGGAGCGUUUCCGCACCAUCACCCAGAGUUACUACCGCAGCGCCCAUGGGGCGCUGGUAGCCUACGACAUCACACGCCGGCCCACUUUCGAAUCUGUGCCUCACUGGAUCCACGAGAUCAGACAUUAUGGAGCCGCCGGGGUGGUGGUAAUACUCAUCGGUAACAAGUCAGACCUCCAGGACGAAAGACAGGUGUUGUUUGAGGAAGCGUGCACCCUGGCCGAAGACAAAGGCGUGCUGGCCGCGCUGGAGACCUCGGCCAAGGCGGCCCAGAACGUAGACGCCGCCUUCAUCCUCAUGGCCCGCGAACUGCUGGCGCAGAACGGCAUGCCCAUCACGAACGAGCUGUCCCCGGAGACUCCGCAGUUCGGGCUUGGCGGGACCUCAUCGCGUCCCGUUGUGGGAGGCGAUUCUUUGGAGAAGAAGUGUGGGUGUUGAGCGACCGCAGGCUGCAGGGCCCUGACCGCAGUGGGUCUCUGGAGGUGUGGUUGAGUGGCUCGUUUCUGAACCGUGGAGGGAGUAAGUGCAAAUGUGGGCUGUAUGUGUGAAUGUGGGUGGGCAGGGGAUGGAGAUGCGAUUUGAAAUGGGUAUGUGAAACGAUUGCCUUUACUGACUUAAGGAAUACUGAAGAUUAUCAACAAAAGAGCUUUUAUUUGGUCCUUUUGUCGCUAUAAUUGACAUUAAAUGAACAUACUGUAUGUGUUCUUUUGUGGGGAAAAACUUGUUCAGGGAAAUCAAGAUGAACACGUUGCUUGAGUGGCUUUGGAAACAGUAUCACUGCUAUGAUAUAUCUGUUCAUUUCAUUACUUUCAUUUCAUCAGAUCAUUUCCUUUCCUUUCCGUGUAUUUUAAAUAUUAAAAAGAACAUAAGCAUGGC